GAAGAGACGUGGCAAGUAGGGAAGUCAACAACAGCGGACUUCAGCACAAUACGACACAUAUUUCAAAGUAUUCAACUACAAAACCUGUUCAUCUGAAAGGCUCUGGGUCCACUGUCAACGUCUUCAAUUUAGAUCAGACCAUGGGUCUGUGCAAAUGCCCAAAGAGAAAAGUGACGAACCUUUUCUGCUUUGAGCACCGAGUCAAUGUGUGUGAACAUUGCCUGGUCUCCAACCACAGCAAGUGCAUUGUGCAGUCUUACCUUCAGUGGCUCCAGGACAGCGAUUACAACCCUAACUGUCAGCUCUGCAGCACCCCACUCGCAGCCCAGGACACUGUGAGACUGGUGUGCUAUGAUGUUUUCCACUGGUCCUGUUUGAAUGAUCUGGCCACCCGCCUGCCCCUUCACACCGCCCCCGCUGGCUAUCAGUGCCCCUCCUGCCAGGGCCCUGUGUUCCCCCCCUCCAACCUCGCCAGCCCUGUGGCCGACGUGCUCCGGGAGCACCUCUCCUCUGUUAACUGGGCCAGAGCAGGCCUGGGCCUGCCGCUGAUUGAGGAAACAGUCGAGGAUGAAGAAGACUCAUCACAAGAUGUCACUGACUACAACAGCUGGACCUCGUUUGAAUCCAUCCGGCCUCCAGCUCCUCCACUGCAGGCAGUUGACGCUCAUCCCACCCAGUCCUACAAUCCUGACCCGGGACCCCCUCCACCUCCCGCUGAGCUGGAUUUUGGGGUUACCCAGGACAACGGGGGUCUAGUGGCCCAGACUCACCCUGUGGUCAGUGUGAGCAUUCCCAUGGCCGUGGCCAACGAGUCCAUCACCAUCCACACAGCCUCCUCUCCCAGGAAGGUCUACGACACCAGAGAAUCGGGACACUCCUCCGUCACGCAGAUCGACUUCGAUGACGACAAGUACCGGCGCCGGCCAGCGCUCAGCUGGUUUGCACAGAUACUCAAAAACCGGUCGGGCUCAAAGCGGACAGCUCUAACACUGAAGCAGCGAGUUCUCCUUGUUCUCCUGCUGGGAGUUCUGGGAUUCUUCACCCUGAUUAUCAUCAUGGCGAAGCUGGGACGAGUGUCGGCGGACUCAGACCCAAACCUGGACCCCCUGCUCAAUCCGCACAUCCGCGUGGGGAACUAAAAGGCCCCUCUGUGUACAACCCCAGGGCGGGUAACCGAGAAAACAAGCUGAAAUACAUGACAGAAACACACAUUGAUGAUACAAAGGUUAUGACUGGGACCAAGGGGAGCAGAGAUAUAACUCCACUCUUGGACAUUGAGGGAGCACAUUACCCCUCUUUUGUUUUGCCCCAGAAACCCCCUUUUCUCCCUCUCCACGGCAGUACAAGAAGCCAAAAUGGUAUAUUUUGUAAAGUGUUGUAUUUAACAUUCUGUUUUAAUACACUUGCUUAUUAGUACAUCCAAAUGACUGCCUAUUAGUCUCCGUUGGCUAAUUCUGUGGUCAUGGAGGCAACCCCCUUACCAGCAGGACAGGCUGUCCCUUGACCCUGUUUACCUAAAUGCCUUUCUGUUUUAUGCUCAAGGGCACAACCUCUCAUAGGUUCACAUAGCCUGGCUGAAUCCUCUGUUUCUGCAUUCCAGUUAAUUUUAGCACUGGUUCAUCAUCAGGAAGUGGGUACAUCGGUUUGUGUGCUUAGUGUGGGGCAUUUUGAUUUGUAUAUGUGUGUGUGUAAAGGAUUGUGUACUCACAAAACAAAUUUUCUUGCUCAAAUUGGCUCCUGGUUGUACACACCGGUUGUUAUAUACAUAACCCCAUAUACUGGAUAUCCACUGUUACUGUAAUAAAUGGGUUGAUCUGACUUCGGCAUUACUGCAUUUCAAAAUGUUUAAUACUUCUGUAGAGAAUACAGUCUAGAAAAUGUUUAAAUAAUGAAUAUAUGCUCAGAACAGUAAAAAGCUGUGCGAUUGAUAUGAAAAUGAAUUGGUCAGGAGAAAGUAGAGAAAAUAAUCAUAAUAUAUUGCAACAAGGCAGGGUAUAUUUUACUAUAUAUAAAACAUGUAUAUGUACAUGGAUACAGACCGACAGGCAUACCUAUGAACUGAGCUGUUUAUUCGGUUUCAACAUCUAUGACACUAAUCAGACCUUUUGUUCAAUUUGUCCGUUUGCUUUUAUUUUGUUUAAUAUUUCUGUUGUGGAACUGUAUGACUUCAUUUUGGAUGCUGACAUCUUGGCAAAUAUCCUUAUUAAGGAUUUUAGAUGUGUGAUCAAAACAAGUGUAUUCCUAAGCAAUUGGUCAAUAAUAGGAAAUGGAAUAGGUUGUUGGUCUCUUUUAUUGCCUGGUAUGUGAAUGAAUCAAUUAAUGUAUUUGUUAUUUCCCCUAAAAUUAAGUGUGCAUUUAUUUUGUGUACAUAGUGGAUUGACAGGCUGAUCAAGCAUAUUUUCUCAUAUAUUCAUUGUGAGAUCAUUUACUUUACCCUAUAAAGAUGAAUCUUCA